CAUAAAUCCUAUUGACUUUCUUACCAGUUACAACUACCAAAUCGUUAUUGAACCACGAUAACUCAAUACAUUUCUACUAUUUGGAUCCCUUCGUCCGAGGCGCAACAUUAUAAGAUCGAAUAAAGGGUGAAUAAUUUUACGUCCAUAUCGUUGAGCAAGCCGGAUUCAUCGGGAUAGUCAUUCGCCCCCUCUCGCUGCCCAGAAUGUUUCGGGGAACAGCAGUCAAUCCAUAUGACGAGGUGAUCGCCAAGGCGACAGACGAGAACCUCACCUCUGAGGAUUGGGGAGCUAUUAUUGAGGUCUGCGACAAAGUAGGAAGUGAUUCGAAUGGCCCCAAUCAAGCAGUUCAAAGCUUAAUCAAGCGCUUGGCGCAUCGCAACGCCAACGUUCAGCUCUAUACUCUUGAGCUCGGAAAUGCCCUCUCCCAAAAUUGCGGCAAGAAUAUGCACCGCGAGCUUGCCAGCCGCGCGUUUACCGAUGCCCUCCUUAAGCUUGCUAAUGAUCGCAACACCCAUCAACAAGUCAAGGUUAAGAUCCUUGAGCGAAUGAAGGAAUGGUCCGACAUGUUCAGCACGGACGCCGAUCUUGGUAUCAUGUACGAUGCCUACUUUCGCCUCAAACAAACCAACCCCACGCUGCAACCACCCUCGGCUCCGCAGAAGACUGGCCUUACCGAGCUGGAUCGUCAAAAAGAAGAUGACGAGCUUCAGAUGGCUCUGAAGCUCUCCCUUCAAGAAGAGGAGAAGAAGAAGUCUAUACCCAACAAUACUGCCGUGGCAGGACCGAGCUCAGCAGCCGGCCCCAGUGCCUCUCCUGGACAACCGGAAGUGAUCAUCUCUCACCCAACUGGCACAACUGCCGCCACCGUGUCGCGAGUUCGGGCCCUUUACGAUUUCGUACCAUCCGAACCUGGCGAGCUUGAAUUUAAGAAGGGAGAUAUCAUAGCAGUGCUGGAGUCAGUCUAUAAGGAUUGGUGGCGCGGAUCGCUCAAGGGAAGAACUGGCAUUUUCCCUCUGAACUAUGUUGAGAAGCUUGCGGACCCAACUCCUGACGAGUUACAACGUGAAGCACAGAUGGAGGCCGAGGUGUUUGCUGAGAUCAAGAACGUCGAGAAACUCCUUACCUUGCUGAGCACAUCCAAUGCGUCACCGAGAGAGGAGGACAACGAGGAAAUAUCGAAACUAUACCACCAAACCCUAGCGAUUCGACCCAAGCUGAUCAAGCUGAUCGAAAAGUACUCUCAAAAGAAGGAAGACUUCACCCAGUUGAAUGAGAAGUUCAUCAAAGCGAGAAGAGACUAUGAAUCGCUCUUAGAGUCUUCCAUGUCUCAUCCGCCUCAGCCAAACUAUCACCAGUAUGCACCAAGACCACUCAUGAACCCUGGUUACGGAGUUCCUGGUGGUCCAGGUCCAGGUCCCAGCCCGGGCCAAAGUUUCGUUCCGCAAGGCCCGCCACCUGUGCAACAGGAGCCUCAAAGGUAUUACACCCCUGGACCUCAAGGCCCCCCUCCACAAGAACAGAACCAAUUCCAGGCUGUGUCACCGCCCCCUAAUUUCCAACGACCAACCCCGGCGCCCGCACCGUUCUAUCUUCAGGGAGCAGAAAUUCCCGCUCAGGCUAACCAACCUCCGCCUCAGCAGUACCCGCCUAGAGACCAGCCUUCGCGAGUAGCCGCGGGGAAGCAACCAGCUCCUCUGCAAACAUCGUCACCGCCUCAAAACUAUCAGGCGUAUUCACAGCCUCCCCCGCAGGCAGGGCAGCGACCUCAAAGCACAUACGGCAAUCCACAAGAAUUAGCCACCUCUGCAUACGACUCCCCCGUUGCAACUACCAACAACCCUGGCCGACCCGCCGAUCCCUACUCCGCUUCCGUCUACUCUUCAGAGGACCCAUAUGCUACGAGUCCGACAGCUCCAGCUCCCCUAGCGCCCUCCGCUCCCACAAUGUCCCCGCCAUCCGUGCCCUCCGCACCGUCCGGCCCCGCUCAAAGCGUCCCAACAGCUCUGACUGUCGGCAACCAGCCAUUGGCACCAUCUCAGCCGCAGUAUAUGGCAUAUAACCCACGUCGAGAGCCAUCCCCCCAGUCACAAGCGCCUCCUCAGCCAACGGGGGCAGCACCUCCGAUCCCACAAGGGAUUCUACCUCCGGCUCACGUGAUGACGCCGCCUCCACUACAUCCCGGCGGACCGGCAUUCGAUUCUCGACAGUCGCUGCCGAGCCAGAUGUUGCCGCCUCAGCAAGCACCGCAGUACAAGGCCUACGCACCGCCCGCCGGAAACGAGCCGAGCGCGCCCCAAGACUUUUACAGGCAGAACGCAGCAUACUAGUGGGGAAUAAUGGCGAUGUAUAUUGGGUUUCUAUGGAAGAAGGAAGAGGGUUUUGAAUGUCGUCACCACGAUGAUAUUAUCCGGUCAUUGAUGCAUAUGGUCUAACUGGUAGGGAGUUGAAGGGUAUACCGCAUGCUUUUGAUUCCCCCAUUGGCCUAUAUCUAGGAGUAGAUUACUACCCAAAUAAUAAAAGCUGUACCAUAGAUUUAUUGUGGCUUCUGAAUUUGGCCGUCUUGAAGUGUAAAAUGAUUUCUACUUUGAUGCCUUG